UGCUGGGAGUUGUAGUUCCCGGGGCCGCCGCCAUGUGCGCGACUCUGUCCGCAGGGAACGGGCGGGCGGCGGCCCGGGGGUUCGGCAGGGCCAGGGGGUUCGGCAGGGCCCGAGGGGCGGCUGGAGGGCCAAGCCAGAGCCCAUCCCGCACCCGGAGGCACGGCCAGAGGAGGAGAAACAUCAGCAUUGGUUAUGAGUCUGGGCAUGGGGAGGGUGCUGAGCAGGGACAGGAGCCGCAGAGCCCCCGCUGGGAGCCGAGGGAUUGGCGGCUGCAGCUGGAACGGAUCCGGGAGAUGAGGAGGAGCAGAGAUGCUCCCGUGGAUCAGAUGGGAGUGGACAAAUGUUACGACAGCUCUGCAGCUCCUGAGGUGAUGCGUUACCAGGUGCUGCUGGCCCUGAUGCUCUCCAGCCAGACCAAGGACCAGGUGACAUCAGGUGCCAUGCAGAGGCUGAGGGAGGGUGGCCUGACAGUGGACAGCAUCCUGCAGAUGGAUGAUGCCACCCUGGGCCACCUCAUUUACCCUGUGGGGUUCUGGAGGAACAAGGUGAAGUACAUAAAGCAGACAACAGCCAUCCUGAAGCAGAAAUAUGGGGGUGACAUCCCAAGGACUGUGGAGGAGCUGGUGCAGCUGCCAGGAGUGGGGCCCAAAAUGGCCCAUUUGGCCAUGAACAUUGCCUGGGACAGUGUGUCUGGGAUAGCUGUGGACACCCACGUGCAUAGGAUCACAAACAGGCUGAAGUGGGUGAAGCAGCAGACCAGAUACCCCGAGGAAACUCGGGUGGCACUGGAGGACUGGCUGCCCAGGGAUCUCUGGAGGGAACUCAACUGGCUCUUGGUGGGCUUUGGCCAGCAGACCUGCCUGCCUGUCAACCCCCGCUGCAGUGAGUGCCUCAAUCAAGACAUUUGCCCAGCUGCAAAGAGACCUUGAGGGCCCAUCCAGCUUCUUUCUGUGGAGCAACAAAGCUGCUCAGGCUCAGCAGCAGCCCAGGAAAGCUGCAGUGGUGGCUGCAGGGGGACAGGAGACUGCUGCAGCCAGCUCAGCAGCUCAGCUCUCCAGAGGAAAAAGGGUUUCUCAAAGCUCAGCAGCCCUGCUGGGGCAGCUCUGAAGGUGGAGCAGUGGGCUGUGAGCAGCCAGAGAAAUGCUUUGUCCUAGGGAACUUGCUGCUGCUUGUAAAUACAGAUUUAAUAAAGGUG